CAUGGAAGCGUCCUUACCUGCCUGCUUAUGAUCUGCAAUAUGAACUACGCUAUGUAUCUAUGCAUGGCAUGGUAGAUUUAAAGUGGAAGAUGUUUGGCUCUCUAAUAGAGUCAAGGGCAACAUUUACGGUACUGGAUCCGUGCAUACAGUACAAGGUUCAGGUGCGUUGCCGAAGACUUAACGGCCCGGGUUACUGGAGCGACUGGAGUUAUGCUCAUGCGUCCUCAGUUCAUAACGUUAAAGCACCAGAGAUGGGGCCAGACUUCUGGAGAAUUAUACAAGAGACUCCUGAAGAUUACACAAAUGUUACUCUGCUUUUUAAGCCACUUCCAGAGGUGGAAGCAGCCAGCUGUGUGCAGGGACUCGUAGUUGUGCACCAGACUUCAGGGGGCAACGUGUGGUCAGAUGACAUCAUUGCCCCAAGCUCAUUUUACACAUUCCAAUGGAGAGAGGAAGUCCAUAGCAUCACAGUCAUGUCUCGUAAUUCUUUAGGUUCCUCGGCCGAGAAUAGUAACAUGACUCUGGUGCGUCAACCAAAACGACAGUGUGUGCGUUGGUUCCACGUCACCGCUAAUGCAUCGUGUGUGUUUCUGUCCUGGAGCCUGGUGAGUGAGCAGUCGUUACUUCUUUCAUUCGUCCUUGAGUGGCAGGAGCAGAACGGUGACUCCAGCAAGGGCUGGACGUCAGCUGGAAGAGUAGAGUGGCUCAGAGUCGCUUCAACCGCCAGGGACCUUCAGCUGUGCCGGCCUUUUUAUGGCACAGAGGAGUUUAAACUGUACCCUGUGUUUGUGGAUGGUGAAGGGGAGGCAGUGAGAUGCACAGCUGUGCGAAGUGACCCUGCAGCCUACAUGCUCCUCAUGAUCAUCGCCUUCCUCUUUGUCGUCCUGUUUGUCACUUUGAUCAUCUCGCAAAACCAAUUGAAAAAGCUGAUGUGGAAGGAUGUCCCAAAUCCCAACAACUGCUCUUGGGCCAAGGGGAUAGAUUUCAAAAAGUUGGAUGGCAACCUAUUCAGUCAUCAUGAAGGCCUUACUGCUUGUCCGCUUCUGUCGACGUCUGAAAAUGUGUGUGAGGUGGAGAUUGUUGAGAAACUUUAUGUUCUAGAAGAUGGCCAUGAAGAGAAGGCACUCCUUCACCAUUCAGUCGAUACCGAAGCCAAAAGCAACAAUCUUUCAUCCAUAGAAGGAUCAUUAGAUCCUCUUUCUCUCGAUACGUCCACCGUAUCUGCAAGCCCUGACACGUCAGGUCAGUCGUCUGUAAGGUACUCCACUAUCCUGGUGUUUGAUCAGCCUGUCCUCCAGAGGAAGCAGCAGGAGAGUCUGAGCAGCUCCAGCGACGAAGGCAACUUCUCUGCCAAUAACUCGGACAUCUCCGGCUCCUUCCCUGGAGGCCUCUGCGAGCUGGAACGCCAUUCAUCUUCUGAUGCCAUCAAUCCACGUAACUCUUGCUCCUACAACUCAGUGGAGGAGUUUUCCGAAACGUCAGAACAAGAGGAUGAAGCUUCAGAGAGCACACAAGUGUCCAAAGAGCUCUACUACAUAGGAAUGAAUGAAGAGGAAGAAGAAGAUGAGCUGGUGGAGAAGUUUAAGGAGGACGAUGGAACAAAGGAGCAGAUUUCAGAUUCCAGUCCUAAACUGAAAUCGAAAGACGGUGAUUCAAACGUUCCUCUCUAUUUGCCCCAAUUCCAGACUGCAGCCAUUAAACUCCUGAGAGAGACUGCAGGCAACAGCACCAUCCAGCUGUGAUCUAAAGUAUCAGCUCUACCUUUUGGAAACAGGCGAUAUGGUAGGUACAGUAUCUGAAACAGAACGGAUGGUAUGUCACGUUUCUGUGAUGCAUUCGUGUUAUUUCUCUUUUACCUUACAGUAAGAGAAAGGAAAAUGCUAGAGUUGCUUUGGCAUUGUGCCAAGAUGAAACAUUUCCUGUUAUCAGAGCACAGUCUGACUGGUUAAAUGUCAUCCUGUUAUUGCUACAACUUGCUGCUUUACAUCCAAGUCACAUGGGAUGUUUGAGAAAGGAAAUAAAAUUUUGAAGUGCUGGCUGAUGUGCUGCAAAAGGUUGUAUAUUUGUGUUGGUGCAUGAGAAAAACUUCACUUUGACAAAUUUGGAUAUUUUACAUUUUAUGUAUAUAUAUUUAUAUAUAUAUACAUAAAAUAAUUCUGGAAACUACAGGCUAGUUCUAUCAUUUAUCAUAAACGAAUAGUCACAAAGUUAAAAAGGAGAAAUCUGCAUUUAAAAACUUCAUUCCGACUCCAAUGGAAGAUAUUGCAGCUACCUCUGUAUGGGAAAAAAAACGACAACGUAGUAAUAUAACAAAUUGGAGGAGAAAAAAAAAAAGAAAUGACUCAGUAAUUUCGCAGCAUCAUCCAUCUCUGUCUCAUUACCCGAGGUAAAAAUCACUCGUAGCAUUUAAACACAAGCACAAGGUCAAAAUCACCCAUGGCAUUUAUGAGCGUUAUCUGCUGUCAUCUGUACAGAUUUGUUCUGAUGGUGAUGUGAGUGUCUCCAUUUUAAAAAGCCAGUAUCUGAUUACAAACUGAAUUAAUUCAGCUUCUGCCACAUCGCUGUCCAGCAAUUCUGUUAAAUCUUGAGAAAAGCACAUCAAGGUUUUGGACAUAUUGAGGUAGAUUGAUUGCGCUUUUUAUUUUUCUUUAUCCAAGAUAUAAAUAUUUGCAGAUAGAUCACUGAGGCAAGGUUUUAAAAGAAAUAAAAAUAUCAUUCUGCUAAAACCGAACUUAAUUCGAGAUAAAAGUAUAUUGACAAAAUCUGAUACAUCUGACAGUUUUUCCCAGACCACCAGACCAACACACCUAUACAGUAGCAUGAAGAAGAAUGGAUGUUAGUUCCUCAGGCAUUAAGAGCACAAGACAGCAUUAUGGUUCAGUGGAAGUCUGCGUUUAAGGUGCUUUUGUAAAAACAAGUGCAAUCGGUGCCGCUUAAAACUGUUCAGGAUUUAAGCUGUGUGGUUAAAUCCACUGAAACUGUAUCAACGUGUUAGAUUUCAUCUGCGUUUGAUUGUGAAUGUCUGUUUUGUCAACUGUGUUUACGUUCUUUAAAUCUCAAGCGUUAAAUGUGAAAUGUUCGGUCUAUUUUCAGUUUCUGUAAUUUUGUAUCAAAAGCAAGUGUAUAAUGACCACUGAAUGUGAUCGACAUUGAUGGAAUUUUUUACAUUGUUCAUGUUUCUAAAGAAUGUGUAUACAGUAUAGAAAUAUUGGAUGUCUAUUUUUCUGGUCUGAAUAAACUAUUUAUUGAAGCCACUGCCA